GUUAUGAAAUUUUGAUGGUUAUAGCAAAAAAACAUGACUAGUACUGGAGGAAUACUCAGCAUCUUGAUCAAGUUGUGCCGAGCAAUCCUUCAGGGGAUCAUAGUCAUUUGUGUAUGCUCUGGAAGGAGUUUCUUUCUUUCACCAAUAAUGGUAUGCGGGGAAGCCUCACACGAUUGUAUCAUGGGCUUUUGGGGGCCAAUCAUCAGGUGAAGCCUGGUGUGACAAUGAUGGAGAAGAUGAUGAAAGCUUGGUGUAACUAAUGUUUUAUCUAGUUUCAUCCAUAAUCAUGUUUUAGUUAUAGUUACAGUAAAAAAACUAAAAGGUCAAGUCUUGCUCGAUAUAUUAGUCUCGUGGGCAACACUAUUUGCAAGUUUUGUUGUCUUUAUGUUUUAUGUUGUAAGAUCCAUUGUAUGAGCC